ACAGAAAGACAAGCACAGAAGAGCUGAAAAAGGAAUAUAAGACGAGUGAUAUCAGAGAUAAGAGAAACAGCUUGAAUUUAGUAGUUUCCUGAAUUUCCCUCCACCUCAUCUUUUAUUCUGUGGCAUCUCACUCCUACUCUGCCUUUUUUUUAGAGCAUUUAUCUGAGUGCCUCCGCAGCUGCGGACAGCUUGAUCUCAUCUCCUGAGUGCACCAGGGCUGAAUUCAAAUUCUGACUAUGCAAGAGUGAGUAAGGACUUUGUUGGGAACUCCUGCCAAAGCGAGUGAGAGAGGGAGAGAGAGAGACAAGAAAAGAGAGCCAUCAGGGGACACACUGCGACUCAGUGUGGUCCUGUGAGAGAGAGCGAGAGGCGGGCUGAACAGGUAAGAUGAGUCUAAACAAUGGUCAAAUUCUGACCAUCAGUGGACAGGACUUGACCAGAAAUGGCAGCAGCAGCAGCAGCAGCAGCAGCAGCAGCAGCAGUCGAGCCCCCUGGGAAGACGCUAAGAUGGUUUUCAAGCCCUCCACCCCCACCAGGAAACCCAAACCACCCAAGCCGGAGAAUGCCAUCACCAUCGCCGUGUCGUCUCGAGUCCUCUUCAACAUGGAGAAGGAGCAGCAGAUCUACACACAGAGAGGCAUGGAGGAUUACAUUAAGUAUCAGGUGGAGCACGAAACAGAGCCUUUCAGCCCCGGACCUGCCUUCUCCUUUGUCAAGGCUCUGGAGGCUGUGAACACUCGACUUAGGGAACUUUACCCCGAGAGUGAGGAGCUCUUUGAUGUUGUGCUCAUGACCAACAACCAUGCAAACGUCGGACUAAGACUCAUCAAUACCAUCAAUCAUCACCAGCUGUUCAUCGAGCGCUUCUGUAUGACUGGGGGAAACAGUCCCAUAGGCUACUUGAAGGCCUACCACACUAACCUUUACCUGUCUGCGGACCCAGUCAAGGUUCGAGAAGCUUUGGAGGAAGGUAUAGCAGCAGCCACCAUGUUCACCCCAGAGAAGAUGAAGGAAGUGUCGGAGACUCAGCUGCGUGUUGCUUUCGAUGGUGACGCCGUCCUCUUCUCCGAUGAGUCUGAGCGCAUUUACAAGGCCCAUGGACUGGACAAGUUCUUUGAGCAUGAGAAGGCACAUGAGAACAAGCCUCUGGACCAUGGGCCACUGAAGGGUUUCCUGGAGGCUUUAGGAAAGCUGCAGAAAAAAUUUUAUGGCAAAGGCCAGCGCAUGGACUGCCCCAUCCGGACCUACCUGGUGACGGCUCGCAGCGCAGCCAGUUCUGGUACCAGAGCCCUGAAAACUCUGCGCUCGUGGGGUCUUGAGAUCGAUGAGGCUCUCUUUCUGGCAGGGGCACCUAAGGGCCCCAUGCUGGAGAAGAUCAGGCCGCAUAUUUUCUUUGAUGACCAGAUGUUUCAUGUGGAAGGGGCGGCGGAAAUGGGGACAGUGGCGUGCCACGUGCCCUAUGGGAUAGCUCAGAGAGUUACCGCGACAGGAAUAAUGGACAAAGAGACUUCUUCAGAACCCAAGUAGCCAGGACAUCACGGUGCAGAAGGACAGGAGACUAGAGGGACAUGUCGUUUUGGCUUUCAGCAGCUGAGGAUGCGGUAACUACUGGAAAAUGUGGUAAGUAUUUCAAGAUAUGAUAACAUGUCCUGAAAAUGGGUUGAAAAUGUAAUAUAACCCAGGGGAUGCAAUAUGAACACUAUAUUAUAUGAUAAUGUCAAGUCAUUACACUAAUCAAAUCAUUGCUUUCAUGAACAGUUCAUGACAUGUCAGUCCAUUCAGACGGUCACUUCAUCCCUUGGUUGUUCCAUUCAUAGUUCAUUAAGAGGGACUAAUUUCCGAUGAGGAAUCCUUUCUAAACCAUUGUAAGUAAUACUUUUCUUAAUGGUUAAUAGAUCAUAUACUGAAGCUCUAUAGAUGAUUCUUUAUGGGCCAUUAAUGAGAACAAUGUUUGAGUUUCCACUUUUUAUUAAGGGAUGGCUAACCAACAUUUAAAACUGUGUUACUACUAAAAAGAAAGGAUAAAAACCAGCCAAAGGGAUCAUUUACAACCUGGUAACCCUAAAUCUGUUCUUAUUGGUAUUCUGUGCUGUUUGGCUUCAAAAUUUCCAUUUGAAGUAGGAAAUUUACCUCUGAUUCCAGCAGCAUCCUGUGUUAUUUUCUGUACUGAUAUAUUUUUACCCACAUUUACCCAUACAUCGUAUAAUCCUUUGAAAGACAACAGCUUUUGAAAAAUAAAGUAUAUUUAAAAUCAAACAGAACCAAAUAGAUAUUCUUCGAAAUCUUUACAAAUUCUUAAUCAUAGUUAUUUAGACGCCAGGUUACUGAGGAAACAUCAAGUGAUUUAAGACCGUUUUUGAUAAAGAGGGAGUCUGAAUGCAGCCUGGCCGAGCUCACCUGUGCUACACAGCUGCACUGAAGACAUGCAGUCAGUCACUUUAUGCAGAAUCUCCAGUUGGAUUUAUACAGUUUUAUCACUUUACUGCUUGUCUGUGUAUUUAAAAGUUUUUAAAACUGGUGCCUUUUUAUCCAUGUUGUUUAAUAGAUUUUUCUUUCUUUUUUUCUCAAUCAUGCACGUUGUUGGUAAACAUAUGUUGUACAUGAGAUUGUUUGAUCGAUGUAUAUGAAUGUAUUUUAAUAUGCAGAAUAAAUGUAUUGGUAAAAUUGGAAUAUUUUACUUUAUAUUUAUUUAAUAUUUCUUCCUGUUCAAGACAAUAAAGAUAAGUUUUAACAUAUCUAGAA